AUGAAGAUAGUUCUGUGCUUAACGCUUGGCCUUGCCUUGGUGCAUGCCGAUCCAGGUGUUAUCGGAUCGCAGGACGCUAGAAAAACGCGAAAUCCCGCCAAUGGGCCGACGAGUUACAAUACCAUCUCACCACCGGACAGUGAAACACUCAGCAAGCUGCAGAACCAGGUGGCACCGACGGUUCAGAUUCCGGUCAAGCCGCCCACGACGGUGAAAGUACCGGAAACGGCAUCACCCUUCAUCACUGUACCACCACCGAAUGCGGUUCCCUCACCGUACCUCAGGCAACCACAACAAGCGAUCGCUCCCGUGUCGCAGGGCCAGUACUACGUGGCCAUGGUACCGCAGGCCGCUGGUAAUCAUAUGCUUGCACCAGCAACCACCCCGCUCAUCAUGCAGUACAUCAAUCCCCAGGGACAGCCAACGGGUGGUCUGCAGUACAUUCAGCUGCUCCGUCCGGUCGUCUAUCCGUACGCCAACCAGCAGUAUCAACAGUACCAGCAGUAUCCGGGCUACCUGCAGCAACCGCAAACGAUCGGUAAUCCGUCCGCUAGCGUUCAUCCGACGUCGUACAAUGUGUCACCAACUCCUCCGCCAACGACAACCACCACACAGCCAGGAUUCGUUCCGUUUCAACCCGCCUCCACCGUACAACAGCCGGUCACCCAAUAUGCACCAGUUAGUCACAUCCACUCCCAGCCGCCGACGUACAGUAAUGGUCCGGUGGGACAGUACUCCAGCCCGGUUCUAUCGUACUACCCGCAUCGGUUUCUCGUUAAUCCGUCGGAGCUGAAUUUUAACACCAACGAGUACAUUCCAUCCUCCGGUGACGGUGUUUACCUCAAGGGCGUCAAGAGCAUGCGCGCCUAA